AUGGCAGAGAUAGCGACAGAGAUCGAUCUUGAUUCGGUCAUCGACCGACUCCUUGAAGUCCGUGGCAACCGCCCUGGCAAGCCCGUCCAACUGGCGGAAUACGAAAUCAAGUACUUGUGUACAAAAGCACGCGAAAUCUUCAUCAACCAGCCUAUUCUCCUCGAGCUCGAAGCUCCAAUCAAGAUUUGCGGCGACAUUCAUGGCCAAUAUUACGACCUUUUGCGACUUUUCGAGUACGGCGGGUUCCCACCAGAAGCAAACUACCUAUUCCUUGGCGACUAUGUAGACAGAGGGAAGCAGUCUCUGGAGACUAUCUGUCUUCUCCUUGCGUACAAGAUCAAGUACCCCGAAAACUUCUUUAUCUUACGAGGCAACCACGAAUGCGCCAGUAUCAAUAGGAUAUACGGCUUUUAUGAUGAAUGCAAACGCCGCUAUAACAUUAAGUUAUGGAAAACCUUCACGGACUGUUUCAACUGCCUUCCAAUCGCCGCCAUCAUCGACGAGAAGAUCUUCACAAUGCACGGUGGACUGAGUCCCGACCUACAAUCCAUGGAACAAAUACGGAGAGUCAUGCGACCGACGGAUGUCCCGGAUACAGGCCUGCUCUGCGAUCUCCUGUGGUCGGAUCCCGACAAGGACAUCACAGGCUGGUCAGAGAACGACCGAGGAGUAUCAUUUACAUUUGGGCCGGACGUGGUAUCACGCUUCUUACAAAAGCACGACAUGGACUUGAUAUGUCGGGCACAUCAGGUCGUCGAGGAUGGCUAUGAGUUCUUUGCGAAGAGGCAUUUGGUGACGUUGUUCUCAGCGCCGAACUACUGUGGCGAGUUCGACAACGCGGGUGCUAUGAUGAGUGUGGACGAGACACUAUUGUGUUCCUUCCAGAUCCUGAAGCCUGCCGAGAAGAAGGCGAAGUACCCAUACGGUGGGAUGAACAUGGGGCGUCCUGUGACGCCGCCGCGCAAGCCAAAGAAGAAGGACAACAAGAUGGGCUGA